UUUCUUAAAAAUUGUUAUUAAAACCAAUCAGCUUUGCAACUCUGCAUUUUUAGGGGUAUUGCUUCAGCUACUUGUGAACGAUUGCGUUUUUUUCAUUUCCAUAAUCAAAGACCGCUGCAUUGCAGCACAGCCCGAAAAGUAGCUAGUGUUGGUGGUCUCUACUACUGCUUAGCACGGAAAUCAAUAAACGACAAAACAAUAUUCAAAAGAAACUUGCGUAAUGAAAAUUUGGACGUCAGAGCAUACCUUCAAUCAUCCGUGGGAAACAGUAACACAAGCUGCAUGGCGAAAAUAUCCGAAUCCAAUGACACCGUCAAUCAUUGGCACCGAUGUUGUGGAACGUAAAGUAGUUGAUGGAGUAUUACACACGCACCGCUUGGUACAAUCAAAAUGGUAUUUUCCGAAAUGGACCCAUCAACUAAUAGGCUCUGCGAAGAUUUGUUUUGCUAGCGAGCGUUCCACAGUAGAUCCAAACAAACGACAAAUGAUGCUAAAAACUAUUAAUUUAACAUUUUGUCGACACAUAUCUGUAGAUGAAGUGCUAUAUUACGAACCUCACCCCACAGAUUCGGGGAAAACUCUCUUAAAGCAAGAGGCUUCAGUGAGUGUACGUGGUGUUCCGCUAUCUCAUUAUAUGGAGGACUUAUUAACAUCUACAAUCAGUAAAAACGCUGGCAAAGGUCGUCAGGGGCUGGAAUGGGUGAUAGGACGAAUUAACUCCGAGGUUAUGGGAAUCGCCGAGACAGCUGCUAAAAGCACAGAUGAUCUUAUUCUGUCUACGCGGCGUUCUCUCGAUGAUAUGACCGAGAGUGCGCGCAAAAGUAUGGAUGAAAUCCACGCCCAAGCCGCCAAACAUAUGCACAUUUAGAUUUACAACAAUCAAAUAUUAAAAGACCAAAUCCAAAGGGAAGAUAAAAUGAAAGGAAAAUGGAAUAGGGCUAAAAACAGUAUACAUAACAUAAUUAAUGUACAUUUGUUUGUGGUUUUUUGAAGAAGAAUGAUUGUGGAACGUUUCGCUAGUCGAUUAAAAGUUCUUUAUGUGAAUGAUUUUCACACAGGAAUAUGUUAUUUGAUAAUGCUCAAAAUUUAUUCGCCUUUUAUUUAGUUAAUUAUGUAUUGUAUUUUUAUUAGCAUAUUCGUCGUCCAAAUCAUUCAUAAUUUCUUAUACAAUUGGGCUUGAUAACGAAUAUUGGGCGCCUCACGAUUCACAUACAAUUGUUUAGAGAGCAUAUUAAGUGAGCUACUCUACUGACAUGUAUACUAUUUAAUUUAAAUAUAAACACCUGUUAUGCGAAGUUUAAAAUCGUUUUUACCUAUAUA